CUUCGUUUGCAAAGUUUCUUUCGCGAAGUUCUCUGUUCCUCGACCUUUCGUACGGUACUCAGGCGAGUCGCGCGGCCACCGUUUUCGAGAAUCUCCUCUCAAUCGAACCGAGAAUCGCCAUUAACCUCGCUGUCGCGUGAGAACUUCGCGGGAAAAUGUGAAUUUCAUUUCGCACGAGCCGAUUUUGUUAUCGCACACACAUACUCGCGAUUUCGUAUAUGCGUGGCGUUAUACUUGUUUACUGUUGACGCGCUCCAGGCUCCAGCCUCCAGCUCCAGUUUUCGACGCGUCGCAUCGAUCAGCGUGAGACAAGUGCGUGUGUUGGGCGCGUGGUACAAGCACGCGCAAGCUCCACCGGCACCACGCAAGCUCCGGCGCUUUGAGACGGGUGGAAAGAAGGAAAGAAAGAAAGAAAAAAGAGGGAGACCCCGUCUCCACCGCGUGGAAUUGGCGCGACACAGCAGCGGGACGCGACGCGAUUGGUGAUGGCCUGAUGGCCGACCGAGGGAGUUGGUCGCGCGAUCCUGGUCGAUUGUAAUGAGGUGGUGGUCGUGAUCGGGGCGGUUGUUAUUGAUAUGUCUCGGCUGAUUGUACCCCGGCCUGGUGGCCGGCCACGGUGACCGAUGCGGCCUGACGCGGCGGCCGACGGUGUGGCGGCAACAGACGACGGUACCGACGUGGCGGCGGCAGCGACGCCCGAUCGGCGUCGCACGGCGUUGACGAGGAUGAGCGAAAGGAAGUUCACGCGCGGCCUGGGGAAACCCGGCAUGGCGGCGCAACUGCGGGAGACCGUGUCCCAGGUCGUCCGCGAAAGCACGGUGCAGAAUAAACCACACUUGGUUGAACCCAUUGACUUCGAGAGCUUUGUGCUGAAGAAUAAGACGCUGUUGCAAAAUGAUCCUCAGCGUGAGCUGCUGCUAUACCCCCAAGAUGAUAUUUCCCAAGUAGUUCUGCCAAGGAGAUAUCGCAGUAUGGUACCGACAGCGCAAUACAUUACAGAAUGUGAGGAAGAUGCUGAAAAUCUUUUGACGAAGGAAUGCCUGUCCAGUUAUGUAUCUAAUUGGAAUCUUGUACAUUACAAAUAUGCGGCAUACAGCGGGAGUUAUCUAGAAUUGCCAAAAAUAUCGAAAGCAGAUGAUCUGAAAGAUGAGGUGUAUGAAAUCGAUACAGAAGUGGAUCAAGUAGACGAGGACCUAAUGAAGAACGAUGGUAUAACGAAGGAAGGUUAUUUGAUGAAAGGGCCCGAGAUUGGUAGUACAGACAGAAUGUUCGCUCAUAUUGGAUCGAAAUCGUUCAAGAGACGUUUCUGCCACCUUAGGCAGGAGGUCGACGGCACUUACAUACUCGAGUUUUUCAAGGAUGAAAGGAAAGGCGAAGCGAAACUAACGAUAGUGAUGGACUUUUGUACAGAGGUUAUUAGAAAUCCAAAGCGUGGAAAGUAUUGUUUCGAAUUACGGAUGAGCGACACACACAAAUCUUACACUUUGGCUGCUGACAACGAGGCUGACAUGCAAGAUUGGUUGUUGAAGCUCAGUUCAGUUUUACAACAUUACAAACAGCAGGAAGAAAAGCGUGCUGCAUCGCUAGAGAGAACCUGUAAUACACCUCCACCAUCGCCGCAACCUGUGCAGGUUUAUGGUACACUUAAAGGUCUCGAGCAGAGCAUGAAUCCACAACUAAUAAAAUAUUCUAGGGAGACUGACACCAGUAUCGCUUUAGCAAGGAGAGAGAACAGAAAAAGACUGUUCAGCGUAUAUCCUUACAUACUUCAUGCCAAAACGCACAUAGGACAAUCUGUCGAUAAUGUGGAUCCUUACAAGGAACAAUUCGGUCAUAGAAUUCUUGUCAAGUGCGAAAGUCUUAAGUUUAGACUACAAGCGCCUAUCGACGAAAAGGAAUCUCUUUGUCAAGUGGAACCUUAUCAUACGGUGUUGAGUCUUUUUGACGCGAGGAACGGCAGAAAACUCACAGAGAAUUUUCACUUUGAUGUUAAUCAUGAAAUAGUGCGAGAUAUGACGAGAGAACUUAGUCCUGCAGGAAUUACAACAGAAACGGAUGAUAUUACUCUUCCUGGGGAAUUAAAAAACGUUCCUUCAGAUUGGAUAAAAUAUCCAAAACAGGCCAUAUUCAACAUUAAUAAUCCUCAUCCAGAUAUAUUUCUCGUCGUAAGGAUAGAUAAGUUGCUUCAAGGAAACAUAUAUCAGACUUCAGAGCCAUAUUUGAGAGCUACCAAGGAUCCAAGAUUGGGCUUGAAAGUGCAUAAACAAAUUCGAGCAUGUUGCCAAAGACUGGGAAAUUAUAGAAUGCCAUUUGCAUGGGCUGCAAGGCCACUGUUUAGAUUAUAUAGUAACGAACUAGAUACGUCUUCGGAUUUCCCAGCGAUAUACAGGCAAGAGAGUAACAAAAUAAAAGAUGAGGAGCUGCUGAAACUUCUUUCCGAGUACAGAAAGCCUGAGAAGCUUAGCAAAUUGACUGUGAUACCUGGUUGGCUGAAAAUUAAAAUAGAGUCAAUCAUGGACAUUCCUGAAAAUACAUUGUCGACGUGCCUAGUGCCGUUAAAGCCAUUUCCGAUUCCACCAACGGCGGAGCCAACAAUUGAGAUCGCCGAGUUUGAGAGCACUUCCGAGAAGGAUGUGCAUCCAUAUACGACAUAUAUCAAUCAUCUGUACGUGUAUCCACAGACACUCAACUUCGACAGUCAAAAGAUGUUUACACGAGCUAGGAACAUAGCGUGCAUUGUAGAGCUCCGCGAUGACGAUGGGGAAAAUGUCAAGCCUUUGCGAGUGAUUUAUGGGAGACCGGGUUUGCCAUUGCUAUGCUUACGAGCAUCGUGCGCGGUAUUACAUCACAAUGCAGUGCCUUCUUGGUAUGAAGAAAUCAAGAUUAAGCUUCCCACGAAAUUACAUUCGAAGCAUCAUAUAUUAUUCUCCUUUUAUCACAUAAGCUGCGACAUAAAUAAGAAGAAAGAGAAUGGUGUUGAAAAUUGUGUUGGCUAUGCAUGGGCACCUUUAUUGCAUAAAGGAAGACUAAAUGUAGAUAUAGAAUCAAAUAUCCAAGUGUUGCCUGUAGCAACGCAUUUGCCGUCAGGAUAUCUUUCCAUACAACCCCUUGGACUAGGAAAAGGGGUAAGAAAUGCAGGCCCGGAUAUUACUUGGAUCGAUUCUCAACGACCAAUCUUUACAGUGUCUUUUCAAUUAAUUUCGACAGUGUUUACACGAGACCUUCAUCUACACAAUUUGUUUAUCCAUGCAGAACGCAUACUGGAUACAAAACCUUCAGCGAUGCCCUCGGAUUCAGAGACGUGCAAAAUUCUGAAAGCGGCACACGCGGUUCAACUAGUCACCAUUAUCACAUUUCUUCCAACUAUACUAAAUCAAUUGUUUAUGUUGUUGACGUGCAAUACUAGCCAAGAAAUCGGAUUGUACGUGAUUAGGGUCUUAAUACAUUUUAUAAAUAUGGUGCACGAAGCCGGGCGAAAGGAAAUUUUGCAAUCGUAUAUCAAGUUCGUUUUCGUGCUGCCUCUUAUCCGAAAUGGUAAUGUUGCUGUUCACGAGCAACUGGCGAAGCAUUUGCCAAUUUUACUACAACCUAGCAAUACCGAUUUUCUGGUGGUGAACAAGUUUAUGCAUCAUUCAAGUUUCUUCUUCGAAAUAAUGAUCAAAAGUAUGGCGCAAUAUCUGUUGAGUACUGGCAGGAUAAAGAUGCAUAGAAACGAACGAUUUUCCAAAGAUUAUCAUGAGAAAAUCAAGAUGUUACUAGAUGUGAUCAUGCCAUACUUAAUGACCAAAUACAAAGAGAUGCCUGUAGAGACACACGAAUUAAAUAAAAGUCUUGCACAAUUUUUAAAGCGAUGUCUCACAUUCAUGGACCGUGGUUUUGUAUUUCGUCUCAUCAAUUCUUACCUGGACAACUUUUCGCCUGGCGAUCAACGCACGCUACAUGAUUUCAAGUUUACAUUUCUACAAAUUAUUUGCUCUCACGAGCACUAUGUAUCAUUCAAUUUGCCGAUGAUGCAGUCGCGGCUUGCUUCCAGAGAUACUGACAAUGACAAUGAGAGUGAACCAGAAUGUGAUGAUCUAAUGAAUGAAUAUUGUCUCACGGAGGAAUUUUGUAAACACCAUUUCCUGGCUGGUCUUCUGAUGCAAGAAGUUAGGACUUCUCUCAAUGAGAUCGUACAAAUCCGCAAGGUUGCCAUCGGUACUCUACGAGAUCUAAUGGCGAAACACGAGUUGGAUGAUAGGUAUCAGAAUAAGGGUCAACUGAGCAGGAUAGCAUCGAUUUACAUACCAUGGCUUGGCAUUGUAUUGGAGAAUUUGCACCGACUGCAGUCAGUAGAGGAGAACGAGAUCAAGAUAGAGAUCAAACACAACGCCACUAGCAGAGUAUCAACCAGCAGCUCGUUUUUGACUACAAAAGAUACUCUCGCCAAUUCCACGACUGUGGGUACACCUAAAUCCAUUCACAGAUUGACUCUUCAUCUGGACACUCAGUCGCCUGUAAGAUCAUCUAUGCAUCUGCGAGAUUCUACUUACUUUGCCGCCAUUGCGGGUCAAGGAUUGGUAAAUGGAUAUUCUUGCACUAGCGUCGAAUCUGAUACGUCAACGGUGUCUAAUGCGUCCCAGUCUAACAUUUCUCAAGAGACCACUAUUGUUAGAGAAUUGCCGGAAAAUGGAACAGGUGAAAAAAAUAGACAUUCGCGUACCAUGAGUGUGACGCAGUCGUCGCCCAGAUGCGAUAAGUUGCAGCCAUCGGAAGUGAAAGACAUACUACUUUGUUUCCUAUUCAUUGUCAAAUACCUGGGUGAUCAUCAGGUAAUCGCCUGGUGGCAUCAAUGCAAUGAUACAGAAAUACUGAGUUUCUUUUCAGUGAUCGAAAUGAGUUUGCAUCAUUUCAAGUAUAUCGGUAAGAGACAAAUAGCCGCGAAUGCUGCGAACAAUAUUGGGAAGCCUCGCACUGUCAAGGCAAUGACUUUACCCGCUAGAAUGGCUCCACCAGAUUUUACCACUGAAAGUCCCGCUACCAGCACGUUGCAACCUCAUAAUAUAGUUACCAGAGAGAAUUUAGUUGACAAUGAUAGCGGCAAAGUUUAUCAAGCUCUAUUGGAGGCAAAUAUGGCAACGGAAGUUGGUUUGAUUGCGCUUGAUUGCUUGGGUCUCUUUUGUAUUCAUUUUAAGGAUGUUCUCUUGGCGAAUGAAGGCGAGAACGCAGUUAUGCAAAAAUUUUUCAACAUUUAUUUGUCAUUCCUUCAAGUCGGUCAAUCCGAAACUUUAUUACGUCAUGUUUUCGCUGGCCUCCGAGCUUUUUUGAACAAUUAUUCCAUCGCGCUUUUCCAAGGCAACGCUAUGCUUUGCGGACGCUUGUGUUACGAGUUGCUGCGUUGCUGUAACAGCAAAUUGAGUUCCAUACGACAGGAGUCCUGCGCUUUGCUAUAUUUGCUCAUGCGAAGUAAUUUUGAGUUUACCAGUCGAAAAGGAUUGACUAGAGUACACUUGCAGGUAAUAAUUUCAGUCUCUCAAAUGUUGGGGAACGUAAUUGGUCUGAACAAUUCACGAUUUCAAGAAUCGCUGUCAUUAAUCAAUAGCUAUGCUUCUUCUGAUAAAGUCAUGAAGGGCACAGGUUUUCCAGUUGAAGUAAAGGAUCUCAAUAAGAGAAUACGAACGGUUUUAAUGGCAACCGCACAAAUGCGAGAGCAUAAUAACGAUCCUGAGAUGCUGGUUGAUUUGCAACACAGUUUGGCUAACUCUUACGCCAGCACACCCGAAUUAAGGCACACCUGGUUAGAGACGAUGGCUAGGAAUCACGCCAGAGAUGGCAAUUUCUCUGAGGCUGCUUGUUGCCAACUGCAUAUUGCAGCAUUGAUGGCUGAAUAUUUAAAAUUGCGGAAAGUUCAUUCGUGGGGCGCAGAAGCUUUCGAUCAAAUCUCUGUGAACAUAUCGAAGGACGAACGUAAUCUCAAACUCGAUGCUGGUGAGAUUUGCAUUCAAGAUAUUCAUUAUAAUGAAAGUUUACUUCUUGAGCAAUUGGAAGUUUGUGCUGAUACGUUAGAAAAAGCUGAGCGCUUUGAAUUGCUUGGGCAUUUGUAUCGCUUAAUAGUUCCUAUAUACGAAAAGAGAAGAAAUUACGAAGCCUUGGCUAACUGUUACUCACAUUUGGCACAAGCCUGUAAUAAAAUUGUGGAGGUAACACGAACUGGAAAAAGAUUGCUUGGGAGAUUCUAUAGGGUAGCAUUCUUUGGAAUGGCAUAUUUCGAGGAAGAGAACGGUCAAGAAUACAUCUAUAAGGAACCCAAAGUGACAUCGCUAUCUGAAAUAUCAGAACGUCUAUUGCGUUUGUAUAGCGAGAAAUUUGGAUCUGAGAAUGUUAAAAUAAUAAUGGAUUCUGUACCUGUCGACAUAAGCGAACUGGAUCCCAAGAUAGCGUACAUUCAAGUAACGCAUGUCACACCGUACUUCGAGAAGUUUGAGUUGGAAGUACGACAGACCGAAUUUGAGCAGAAUCACAAUGUGUCUUGCUUCAUGUUCGAAACACCAUUUACUAAGGAGGGCAAGGCAAGAGGUAGUCCGGAGGAUCAGUGGAAACGCAGGACUAUUCUGACAACACAAUACGCUUUUCCGUACAUCAAGAAGCGUAUUGGGAUUGCUGAAAAGAGGAUAGUGGAGCUUAGUCCUAUUGAAGUCGCUUUGGAUGAGAUGAGACAACGUGUUCAAGAAUUAGAAGAUGUGGCCUUGAUCGGACCGACAGACGUGAAGAAGUUACAGUUACGUCUUCAAGGUAGCAUUUGUGUAACGGUAAACGCUGGUCCUUUAGCCUAUGCCUCCGCGUUUCUGGAUCCUGCAUUGUCUCCACAGUAUUCUGAUGACAAAGUAGAAGAAUUGAAGGAUGUCUUUAGGGAAUUUGUCAAGAUAUGUUAUACAGCUUUACAAAUUAAUAGUAAAUUGAUCACGCCGGACCAACAGGAAUAUCAGGAAGUGUUACGUGAGAAUUAUCAAAAACUGUGCCAGAGUUUGUCAUCCUUGUUUGGAGAGCCGAUAUGGCCAGACGAGCAAGUGGGAAGUUUCAAACGCAAUAGCGCCGCUCUGUUCAGCGCUAUCAGCGGUGCUAACAAUCACACCAGUACAGCCUAAGUCAAUAAUUUUAGAAAUAUUUAUCCAAUAAAUCUCAGAUUUAUUUACCACUUUUUUUAGCAUAAUAUUCUAAGAUUCUUCCAAGUUUGCGAAAUAUUUAUAUCGUAAAUAUUACUUUUUAAAUUCUCCUUAUUGACGUGUCACUAAUGUCAAAUUUAUGAUAAAGUGUAUGUAUCAAUUUUUGUUAACUUUUGCAUUGGCCUAAUGGAAAAGCCUUUCUGACCACUGCCAGAUAUCUUAUACGAGAUGUUUACGAAUAUCUUGAUCGUAGGGUGUAUGUAAGAAUAAAUUAUAGUCGGUUUGUAAUUAUUAAAAAAUGUCAAUAAAGCCAAUGAGAACCGCUUUUACUUAUUAAGACCAUAAUGACCGUUGAUGUUAUAGUUCGGUAAGUUGCGAUUUAACUAGUAGAAUAAAUUUGUUUAUAUACCAGGGCAAUUACAUAAUAUAUCUAUGACGUAAAGUAAAAUGUACUGGUACCUCGGUUCUUUCACUAUAGAUAUUAACCCAUAAGGCAUUUAUAUUCAUGAUGGUCGUAUAUAAUCAUUAGGAUUUUUAUCCUUAUCUUUUAAUCAAUAAGGAAAAGGAAACUAUAAUCUAAUUAAUUAACAAAAAUAAUUUAAUGAAAUAAAAAGCUAUCGCUCUUUUAAUACUUGACGAACUGACACAUAAGAUUAAUAUUUUAUCUUGUUUUAAUUAAAUCUCUUAUCACAUCUCCUGUAAUUUAACAUUGCUUAACAAACAGGGAGGUCAAAUGCUUUUAUCAUUGACACACUAAAUUUACGCUUUAUCUAUAAGCAUUAAAUGUAUGAAUAAACUCGGUGCGUAUUGAAAUAUGUAUAAAUGAUUUAUGAAAUACGUAUUUAGACACUUUAUGUAAAAAUGAUUGAUAUUUGUACAUAUCUUGCUUAAUUUCUUGCGUGCGUAUAAGUGCUGUGUAGUCGGCUGUUUUAGAAAUAUCAAAGGGAAAGUAUUAGGGUCCUUUAAUACUAUGAUAGAUCGUCGAAUAUUUUAUCCAGCAGUUAUAGGCGAUUUUUGGCGAUCGUUUGGUACACAUGUACCAAAGCGUACCAAACUGUAUCAGACUUUUAUCUUAUUGGUUUUGGUACAGUUUGGUACAUGUACCAAACGUCACCAAAAAUCGCUUUAUGUGAAUUUAUGUAUACACACUAUUAGUAGUACAAAGAUGAACUCGUAUAGAUUGAGUAACUUUUAUGCCAAUUAUUGAAAUUUAUAGAGAAUUAAAAGAAAGUUUGUUUAUAUAUUUUAAAGACGAAAAAGGGGAGCUGUAGUAUUAAAUGGCUACGAUGGAAAACAAGUCCGACCACUUUGAUACCUUGCGAAUACGCACAAGUGAUGUUACAUAUUGAUAAUUAUUUGUGAAAGUGUGAUAUAAAAUUAUAAGUAGAGAAUGAGAGAGAGAGAGAGAGAGUGCAUAAAUUUAUUUCGAAGCAAUUCACAAAUAAUCGAUUUUUUUGCAUUGAUGCGAAUAUUGUAGAUGAGUAACAGCUUUAAGAAUAAAUGUUAUAAUAUUCGUACAUGAUAAACUAUAAUAAUUUUUUAACAUCUUGAAAAUAAUUAUUUAAAUUUUAUUUUCUCAUAAUUGAAUACAUGCAAGAGUAUAAAAGUCUUAAAAGAAAGUUGUUUAAUUAUAUUAUUAUAUAUCUGCAAUAUUUUUAAUAUUUUCUUAGAAAUUUUUCAGAUAUUCACGAAACAUAAACUGAAAUUUGUGGAAUAUAUCAAUCUGUUUUAAAUGUAUAUAAAAAAUAAAAAAUUAUAAGUAA